UUGGUACAUGGUCAUCCUCAUGUUCCUCGCACCCGUCGCUUUAUGCUUCCAGCUAUCAGAAUUCUUGUAAAGCCAAUAUGGAUCCUGGUGUUCAGUCUGCCAUCACUGAAGGCUACAAUGCUCUUGGCAAGGUUCCCAUAUCAGCUCUGCUGAGGCACCGAAGGUACAGAAAGGGGUCGUCGGGUUUGAUUUCUGUCCCAGACGACACAACGUUAGGCGAAGUGAUGUCGCUGUUGCGGACUGAGGGAAUCCUCGCAGUUCCCGUUUAUAAAGAAGUUGAAGGGGAUACCUUUGGCAAAGAAUAUACUGGCAUCGUCAGCAUCUAUGAUGUUCUGGCGUUCACGGUCUUUCAAAAAAUAUUUGAUCAAAUGGACCCGGGGAGUAGCGAGUUUGUUGGAGAUGACGAAGACAAACUGAAAGACUUUAUCGACUCCAUAGUGGAGGGGCAGCAAGUUUACUUUAACACUCCGGUUAGGGAUCUUGUAGGCAUGAGUCGCGAAAGCCAAGAAUCCUGGACGUUGAACUCGUCCAGUCCUAUAUCAAGCCUUUUGCAAAUGCUCACCACCGCAGCCUAUCAUCGCGUAUUGGUAAUUGACGAGGACGCUUUGGCUGCCUCUGCCAUGGGCGACGACGAUGGACCUGGUCCGACUGCUCCACCAACUGGAUCAUCUAUCACAAUGGUGACUCAGACGGACUUGUUAUAUUUCCUCAUGGAACAUACAGAUAUCGCCCCAAAAUUGAUGGCUACUAUUCUCAAUUUGCCUGCUCAAACUGUUGACGAACUUGCUGCACGACGUGCCACAGAAGGAGAUGCAAACCAAGUGUCAGGAAACCGUAAACAUACCAGUAGGGUAGUGACAGUGCCAGAUUCGGUUACCGCGCUUGAAGCAUUCCGUGUCAUGUACACACACGGAGUAACCGCCGUUCCAGUCAUUGAUAAAGACGGCGGAUUAGCUGCCAACUUGAGUGCAUCGGACCUUCGUGGGAUCAGUACAACAAAUCUAGAGUGUCUCCUUGAUAACGUCUAUACCUUCCUUGAGGUAGACACUAGAAGACGAGCGGAUCAAGUGAAAGCAGACCAACUCAAGUUUGUUGAACCUGAAGCAUCAUUGCAACAGGUCGUCAAUUUGAUGCUUGGGUCCCAUGUACAUCGUGUGUGGAUUGCAGGAGAGGGGGAUAAGCCUAUUGGUGUCGUAACUCUCUCCGAUGUCCUGAGUACACUUGUACCGGAUGGGAUGAUGGCCGUGGAGCAGUAAAAGGUCGUCUGUUUGGUGUACCCACGGUGUGGCCGUGGCAGUGCAUUUUGGUUCUUGUAUAUUCUUUGGUUUCAAUUCAUUGAGGCAUAAUCACAUCUUCCCUGAUACUAAUUUUGGUGGACUAUUCUGA